AUGAAGCUACGUUCAAAGACUACGUACUCGCUGGACGACGUCAACAGUAAUCUUCAUUGGGCAACCCUGCCGGCGGAGAUUCGACUGAUGAUUUUGAAGGAGCUUGAGGGGGGAAAUGGACGACAUGAUUUUUCAUGCUGGACAAGGGUUUCCUGGGAAUGGCAAGCCUUCUUCGAACCGCAAAAUUUCCAAGACCUGAAGCUUCAAUUUCCCGGUUUCGAUAUCGAUGAUUUGAACUCAAUUGUCUACGGCUACCGAAGAAAUCUCGUCAAGAAGAUCUCGCUUCAUGUGAGAACUGAGGAGUACGACACUACCAAUAAGUUCGACGAACCGGAAACCAAGGAUACGAUCAAGGCAAACAAUAAGCUCUUCUCUCAGGCUCUGAAGAAAAUGUUCUGUUCUCUUUCGACAUGGGUCCAUGAUUCGUCCACAGGAGGUAUUGGAUUCAAGUUGAGCGCGAGCUCCCCUAGCGAUGUAGAUCACCCCUGGAAGCACCGCCUCGAGCCGACUCAAUAUGAUCGAAGCCGUAUACACUCCUUGAACUCCAAACGGCGUCUUCUCGGCAACUUACUAGACCUCAGCUCCGGUUCUCUCAAGCUCGCACAGGUCCCCAUUAUCAGAUGCUUCUCAGUAAACCAACAUUGUUAUAGAAGUCUGUCGAGGGCGGCACUAGCGAAGAUUCUUUCCAGCCUGUGCUGUCUCCAAAGCAUCAACUACGAGCCGUGGCACGCAAUCGGUCGUACAGGACACUUUCCACGCGACGAGGCGAUCAUCAUGUUGCUAGAACGUGUGAGCGAAUAUGCCACGGUCAAAUCAGUGCAUCUUUGGGAGGCGCAAUCUCCAAUGCAUAGAAACCCGCGAUUUCUCAGGUCUGUCAACGACGGCCUCAUAUUGGCGGCGGUCAAUGCAAGUUACAACCUUCGAUACUUUACUCUCUGUCACGCCAUCGAUGCGAAAGACUUUUUCCAGAAUGUGUCGAGGGACGUGUCAGGGGAGCCCGCCGAGGCAUCAAGUGGUCUCCGCGGCUGGCCAGCCCUCAGUCACCUAGCCUUGACGACACAUAUUGGAGAUCUGACUUCCAGCCCGACGACUUUGAAACGCCUGCUUCUGGAGGCAAGUCAAGCUGCUAUGCGUAUGCCUCAACUGGAAGUAAUGGAAAUAUGGGCCCCGGGAGCUGGUGAGGGUUUUAUCUUCAGAUAUGAAGUUCGAAAAGACUUGGCGCUGCUCACUGUGGUGGCAUCAUGGCAGCUCGCAUUAAGCAAGGAGGUCGUGAAAUCAUGGAAAAUAGUGGCAUCUCACUGGGCGCCACGUGAGUUCACCCACCAGAUGAGGCUGGCGGGGUCGGAGACUACGACAUCGAGCUCACCAUUCGCCUAUUGUCGUAAAUUGCGACUGAGAAAGCUACUCAGGGAGUGGAGAUGA